AUGCUGCGCUGGCUGCGGGGCUUCGUGCCGCCCGCCGCGGUCUGCCAGGACUACGAGGACUGCUUCAGCUACAGGAUCCUCUUCGAAGACCUGGACCACAACGGGGAUGGCGUGGUGGACAUCAAGGAGCUCCAGGAGGGGCUGAGGAACUGGGGCUCCAUGUUUGGCCCGAACUCGGAGAAGAAAAUUUUUAAGGCUGGAAAUGCUAACAAUGAUUCAGGAUUGGACUUUGGAGAAUUUAUACGGUACCUUCAAGACCAUGAGAAAAAAAUGAGACUGGCAUUUAAUAGUCUGGACAAAAAUAGUGAUGGAGUAAUAGACACUUCAGAAAUAAUUGCUGCUUUGAAAUCUCUGGGUAUGCAUAUUUCUGAAACUCAGGCAGACGCGAUUCUGAAAAGCAUGGAUACUGAUGGGACAAUAACAGUAGACUGGGAUGAAUGGAAGUACUACUUUUUACUUCAUCCUGCAACAGAUAUCACUGAUAUCGUUCGUUUCUGGAAGCGUUCUAGUAUAAUUGACAUAGGAGAGAGCAUAGCCAUUCCAGAUGAGUUUACUGAACAGGAAAAGCAGUCUGGCGAGUGGUGGAAGCGCUUGGUGGCAGCCAGCAUAGCCAGUGCAGUCGCUCGGACGUGCACGGCGCCCUUUGACCGCUUGAAGGUUAUGAUGCAGGUUCAUAGCUUGAAGUCAAGGAAAAUGAGAUUAAUUAGUGGCUUUGAACAGAUGCUAAAGGAAGGAGGAAUUCUUUCUCUUUGGCGAGGAAAUGGUGUAAACGUUUUAAAAAUUGCGCCAGAGACAGCACUCAAGGUUGGGGCCUAUGAGCAGUAUAAGAAAUGGCUUAGUUUUGAUGGCGUUCAUUUAGGAAUUCCUGAAAGAUUUAUAUCUGGUUCAAUGGCUGGUGCAACUGCCCAGACCUGUAUUUACCCCAUGGAGGUACUAAAGACCAGACUGGCUGUAGGGGAAACUGGAGAGUAUUCAGGGAUUAUCGACUGUGGCAAGAAACUUCUGAAACAAGAAGGUGUCAAAGUCUUUUUCAAAGGUUACAUUCCUAACUUGCUGGGCAUUGCACCUUACACAGGCAUAGAUCUUGCUGUUUUUGAGCUUCUGAAGAAUUAUUGGCUAGAACAUUACACAGGAAACUCUGUAAACCCUGGGAUCAUGAUUUUGCUGGGAUGUAGUACAUUGUCUCAUACUUGUGGUCAGCUAGCCAGCUUCCCUCUGAACCUUAUUAGAACUCGCAUGCAGGCCGAAGCCCCACUGGAAAAAGGAGCAACAACUUCUAUGAUUCAACUCAUUCGAGACAUAUAUAACAAAGAAGGAAAAAGGGGGUUUUUCAGGGGUAUCACCCCAAAUAUCAUAAAGGUGCUUCCUGCAGUAGGCAUUGGCUGUGUGGCUUAUGAAAAAGUGAAGCCACUGUUGUGAUUAACAUAGAAGUGAAAUAUCAAA